UCUCACCUGAACGGAGCGCCCUCUCUGCUGAUGACGGGUGCCUCCUCCUGGGAGAAAGACCGCAAGUUCGUCCUGCGGGGCUGGGCUCUGGUCUUCAGCACCCUGGCGACCCUGAUGAGCCUCAGUGUGAUGGACGGUCGAAUGGCUUACCUGGAGGCCCCCUACAUGGGCCACGUGAGCAUCUGGAGCAACUGCGGGAAGUACCAAUGUGCCCACCUGGGCAGGGUCACGGUUCUCCUGCACAUGAGCACCGGCUUCAUGGUGCUGGUGAUGGCCCUGAGUCUGGUCCUGCUCUCCACCAUGGGCCUCUCCUUCCAUGGCAUGUUCCACCGCCUUAACAAAGUGGAUGCCAUUUUCAGUUUCCUGAGCCUCAGCAUUGGUUUCCUGAUUAUCCUCAGUCUCCUAUUCUUUGUGAUCACAUGUGAGACACUGCACCCAAAGCCGAAGGUGUACUACCUGAUGACCAGCUACCUGUGCUGGGGAGGGGGAGCCUUGAUGCUGUGGGCCGGAGCCCUGAGCUAUUUAAACCACGCGGGCUUGUGGAGCAAAGGAGAGGUCACCAUGGACAGGUGCGACAGCUACCGACGAUGGUUCUCGAAGCACAGCGCCUCCAACCUUAAGUCCAAGCCGUUGUCAAGCAUGGAAUCCGGGGACCCAACGCCAAGUCCAGUGCAUGCACCCCCUGGAACCUCUCCCUGAGGGCGCUUUCUUUAAAAAAAAAAAUUCUUUGUCCCGCAAACCUCUAAGCAACUGCUCCUCAGCUUCUCAGGGCACUGAUUGGUAGGCGCGCCUGGAACGCAGCA